AUGUCCUGGACGCCUGUGAAGGAGUCCUAUGAUGAGUUUCAGGGACAGCAAUCCGACCCUUGGGAAAACCUUCAAUUCUUAAAACCUUUUGGCCAAUCAGUCGAAAUAUGGGAAAAAUCCAAUAAAUCUCCUAGCGGGGUUUGGCGUGGGAAUAUCACGGAUUUUACGAAGAUUACGCAUGGGCUCGGGUCUUAUCAGAUUAGAAUUAUAUUUGCGCCUUUGGACAUAUGGCGUAAUGCUCCGAUCUGCAUCCCAAUCUUCAGCGCCCUGGAUAUCCCCCACAAGUUUAUAUCUGAGUGCUCACAAAACGUUUGCCACAGCUUUGGCUCCGAGAGGCGUGGAAGUGGCGUUAAUUUCAGCUGGUUCCACUUCUUGUGCAAAAACUUAUCAAUAGACCGCUCAGGAAACUACCCAGAGAUUAGAAAUAAGGUUCCUAUCUCUUCCCUUUUCACACGGGGCGAGGCUGUAGGAAACUUUGAUGGCCAAAUGGUGGUUGAGCUUCCUCAGGCAGAUUAUAGUUGGUUGAGAUCUGGGUUUGUCCUCAGAACGGAACCUGAUGGAGCUGUUACGCUCGUAUGCUUUGGGGCCACGCCAUAUGUGAAGCGAAGACUUGAGAUGUGGAUUACAAGUAAGUCAUGGGCUGCGGUGACCGAAGAGCCAUAUGCCUUAUUUGAUCUUGUGAUGGAUGGACUAUUCUCGGAGGUCGAUGCGACUUCGUGGAAGAUGGCGGAUGUUUUUAGACCGAUAGAAACGAGCAUUUUACAAGUCGCAAAAGCCGGUUUCCCAGCCCUCGAGAAACAUGUUGACUUCAUCGGGCUUCAUAACUGUCUCAAACACAUUAUUUACCUUAACGAGGCUGUUGCUUCUUGCCUCCUCGUCGUAGAUGCUAUCAAGGCUACUACUACUUCGACGGCUUCUAUUCAACUUCCAGACUCUUUAUCUCACCGCCGUUCUCUCUUUACUUCAACAUCGCUUCGUCUUUCUAGUAUUCAACAACGAGUAGAAAACACAAUCGCACUAUGUUUCAAUCUAGUAUCCCAACAAGACUCGAUGAUGAUGCGACAUGAGAGUAUGGUAAUGCGCCAAGAUGCCAGUGCAAUGAAAAUACUUGCUUCGAUAACGGUCAUCUUUCUUCCCACUAUGGCCGUGGCCUCAAUCCUCGGGAGCCAACUUUUCCUCUCCGCGGUUGUUGUCGCCGAAGACAAAGAUGCACAAGAGAUUGUUGAAGUUAAAACCAGCCCUCUGUUUAAUAUUCUGUGGAUGUUUGCCAUCCCGAUGACUCUGGUGGUUAUGGUGAUGGCGAUUGGGUGGAGUUGGUAUUCGCAUGUGACCUUUCCUAAGACUUCAGACGAGAUGAGGCGGAGGCUGGAGGAAAAUCAGCGAGUGCAUCCGACCUGGGUAAUGAUGCUUAAUGAUAGAUUCGAGAAGGCAAAGGGGGGAUUCAAACGCCGGCACGCGGUGUAG